AUGUGCAAACUGAACUUUGUACUUACAGCCUCAACAACCACCUUAUGUCCACAAGGCCACCAAAGCUCUUUGUUUUUCCUCUAUUCGCGCCUGCGCUCGCGGGCGCUGCUGGCUGCGCUCGGAGACUCCCUGCGGCAGCUCCAGGUGUUCAACACACUGGGAUUCGAGUGCACCCUGGAAGAGGUUGACCUAGAAGAUAUCACCGCGAGUCAAGUCAACACCCUAAAAGCUUGCAUGUCAGAGGGCUCGGGGGCUGGAAACUGUCCAGUGCUGGAAAGAGAUACUUUUGAUACGAAUAAAUGCCUGCGAGGCAUCUAUGAAGAUCUGAAGGCCUAUAGGGCAGAGCUGAAGGAUUUCAGUGAUCAAAAGGUGCUGACGACUAUUGAUGAGAUGAUGAAAGCGCUGCAGGUCGGCAGCCCCAACGCGCCGCAGCCCUCGUCGAACACGGCCCUGACUUUCAAGGAGCGCAUGAGGCUCUGCAGCGUCCUUCACGCCUUCCGGAUCCGCACGGUGACCAUCAACAGGAUGCUCAACCACUUGACGUCUCUGGAAAGCUCCCUGUGA